AUGUUUGGAUUAUUCGCAAGUUUUUUUCAUCGAUGGAAAAAUAAUUCAUGCAUCGAAUGUCCACCAGUAAAAUUCGAAAAGACAAGUGGCACAGUGGAUGGAGGAACUAUUAUCGAUUCGAGUCAGCAACAAAAUCAAUCGAUCGGUGGUGGCGGAAAAUCAUUAGGAUCAACUAAUCAGGAGACUGAACAUCUAUAUACAUUCUAUGAUGAUAUUCGUUAUAUACCCGAAAUACAUGAAAUAGGACAACAAAUACAAGGAUUAGUUCAAAUAACAACAAAUAAUUUGAAAAAAUUUUUAUUAAAAUUUAAAAAUUAUAAACAUUUAUGGCGAACAGACAAAUUGGCUGUUUGUGAAAAAUUUUUCUCAAAACAUCCAUCAUUGAAUGUAUUUGAUGAAGAAAUCAUGAAAUAUCAAAAAAAUUUGGAAGAAUUACGACCAACAUCACGUUUGAAAGAGUUUGAUUUUAUUCAAUUAAAUUUAAAUUCAUUUAUAAAUGAUUUAGUUACACAUGCAGAAGAAACGAUACAUAUGUUUAGUAAAUUUUUAGCUGAUGAAGCUAAAAAAGAAUUAUUUGAAUUAAGAGAUAAACUCGAAGAAUAUGAUACAAAUUUAAAACGAAGUACAGAUACAAUCGAAGAUUUAAAAUUUGUAUUACAAACAAUAGCAGAUAUUCAAAGUAAAUCGGACAUAUUUGAAACAAGUAUCAAUCAAACAAAAGACAAAUAUCAUCUUCUUGAAAGUUAUAAUCAAAAAACAAGUGAUGAAGAAUUAGCUAUUUUAAAAUCGUUAGAUAAUCGUUGGCAUGAAAUAUCAUUGAAUUCAAAACAUCGUGAUGCGGGUUUAAAACGUGUUAAAGGACGUUUUACUGAAAUAACAUUAAUACAAAUUGAUCGUUUAAAAAAAGCCAUUCGUGAUUUUGCUGAAAAAUUUGCUCGUCAAGGACCCGGUUCAAUUCACAAUUCAUCAGAAUUAAAUCAAGGUUUAAAAUUAAUGAAAACUUAUCGUGAUGAAUUAAAUCGUUUAGAAAUUGAUAAACAAGAAUUAACAAAUGCUGAAAAAUUAUUUAAUUUACCAAUAUCAUCCUAUCCAGAAUUAUAUGUUAUUCAAAAAGAAAUGAAAAAUUUAGAAAAAUUAUAUACACUUUAUGAACAACAAUCAAAAAGUCGUGAAUUAUGGUCUGAAACAUUAUGGCGUGAUUUAGAUGUACAAAUAUUAUUGGAUGGUAUUGAUAAUUAUAUUAAAGAAUUAAAAAAAAUGUCACGUGAAAUAAAAAGUAUGCCAUUAGCAAAAAUAAUUGAAAUAGCAAUGAAAGAAUUUCGAGAAUCAUUACCAUUAAUGGCCGAUUUAAAAAAUGAUGCAUUAAGAGAAAGACAUUGGAAAAUGUUAAUGAAAGAAACACAAAUUGAAUUUGAUAUGAAUCCGGAAAGUUUUACAUUAGAUAAUUUAUUUCAAAUGAAUUUACAACGUUUUAAUGAUGUUAUUCAAAAUAUUGUUACAUCAGCAACAAAAGAAUUACAAAUAGAAAAAGGUGUUAAAGAAGUAGUAGAUACAUGGGAAAAAAUGAAAUUUACUGUACCAAAAUAUGUCAAAGGAAAUCAAGAUCGAGGAUAUGUAUUGGGCUCAUGUGAUGAAGUAUUACAAACAUUAGAUGAUCAUACAAUGGCAUUACAAGGUAUGGCUGCAUCAAGAUUUAUUGGACCAUUUUUAUCAACUGUACAACAAUGGGAAAAAAGUUUAUCAUUAAUUGCUGAAGUUAUCGAAUUAUGGCUAAAUGUACAACGAAAGUGGAUGUAUCUUGAAGGUAUUUUUGUUAGUGGUGAUAUUCGAUCACAAUUACCAGAAGAAGCGAAAAAAUUUGAUGAAAAAAACAAAUUAUUUAAAUCGAUUAUGUUAGAUACUUAUCGUGAUCCAUCAAUAAAAAAACAAUGUCAUCAACCGAGUCGUUUAGCUGAUUUAGAAUCAAUAUUUGUUGGUUUAGAACGAUGUCAAAAAAGUUUAAAUGAUUAUUUAGAUUCAAAACGAAAUGCAUUUCCAAGAUUUUUUUUUAUUUCUGAUGAUGAAUUAUUAUCAAUUUUGGGCAGUUCUGAACCAUCAGCUGUACAAGAACAUAUUAUAAAAAUGUUUGAUAAUGUGGCCAGUUUAAGAUUAAUGAAACAAUCGGAUACAUUGACACAAGCACAAGCAAUGAUAUCAGCUGAAAAAGAAGAGAUGACAUUUAAACAAACUGUAAAUACAGAGGGACGAGUAGAAGACUGGAUGACAAAAGUACUAGAAGAAAUGAGACGAACAAAUAAAUUAAUAACAAAAGAAGCUGUCUAUUAUUAUCGUCACAGAAAAUCGAGAGUUCAAUGGAUGUAUGAUUAUAUUGGUAUGGUUGUCUUAGCUUCAAAUCAAAUAUGGUGGACAUGGGAAGUCGAAGAUAUAUUUCAAAAAGUAGCAAAAGGAAAUAAAAUGGGAAUGAAAAAUUAUGCAAAACAAUUACAUCUUCAAUUAGAAGAAGUUGUUACUGAAAUUCGAUCUCCAUUAUCAAAUAAUGAUCGAAAAAAAUUCAAUACUGUUUUAAUCAUUGAUGUUCAUGCCAAAGAUAUUGUUGACAGUUUUGUUCGUGACAGUAUUUUGGAUGCAAGAGAAUUUGAAUGGGAAUCACAACUUCGUUUCUAUUGGGCAAAAGAUACGGAUGAUCUUGUUAUACGACAAUGUACCGGUGAAUUUGGUUACGGUUAUGAAUAUAUGGGUUUAAAUGGACGUUUAGUUAUUACACCAUUGACAGACAGAAUAUAUUUAACAAUAACACAAGCUUUAUCUAUGUUUCUUGGAGGAGCACCUGCUGGUCCCGCUGGUACAGGCAAAACGGAAUCAGUCAAAGAUUUAGCCAAAGCACUUGGACUACUAUGUGUGGUAACAAAUUGUGGAGAAGGAAUGGACUUUUUGGUAAGUAAAACGUCGUUUUUCUCAUUAUUAUUUUUGCUCUAAGGUUUUGUGAAUAAACUGAACACUAAUGAU